GCCACCAUGGCCGACAUACUCACCCAACUCCAAACAUGCCUAGACCAACUCGCAACCCAAUUCUACGCAACCCUAGGCUACCUAACAACCUACCACGACAACACGCCCGCAACCCCACCCGCCAACGAACCCACCUCUGCGCCCGCCCUCGCCAAAAUGCCCCGAAACUCAACCGCCCCGCCAGCCCCCGCCUCCGCCCCAGCAGCAGCCGUAACAGCAAACGCCGCCACCCAAGGCUCCCCCCCGCCCCAGCCCCAACAACCCUCCUCCACCACCACCAAUCCCGACGGCACGGUAACGGAUCCCACCCUGCCCCCCGAGCCCGACUCCCCGCGGACGUUCGCCGCUCGCCAGCGCGAACUCGCCCGCGACCUCGUGAUUAAGGAGCAGCAGAUUGAGUAUUUGAUUUCUGUGCUGCCGGGGAUUGAUUCGAGUGAGGCGGAGCAGGAGGGGAGGAUUCGGGAGCUGGAGGGGGAGUUGCGGGGUGUUGAGAGGGAGAGGGAGGAGAGGGUUGCGGAGUUGAGGAUGUUGAGGGGGAAGUUGGAGGGGGUGUUGGGGGCGGUGCAGGUGGGGAUUUACGGGGAGAGGGCGUAG